AUGCUGGUGCAGGAAGGCAGGGGUGAAAAGGCCUGCACCAGUGCGCAUGUGGCUGUGGCGGCUGCGGCUCGUGCUCCUGAGUGGUGUUCAAAAAAUUUUUUCAGGCUCGACCAAGGUGGGGUUGGAAAAGCCUGCACCAAAGUUGUUGCUGCUCCAGAGAGCUGCUCAAAAGAUUUCUCAGGCUUGAUCAAGAUCACAAAAGGGGAACUGGAACAGAACAAUUAG